AUGGGUUCUAUUCAGAUGCUUUUUCACAAGAAGUCAAGUUUACUAAGCGGUGUAGUUAGGACGUUAGGAACAACACCACGAGUCUUAUCGAGCCACUAUGAUGUUCUUGGUAUUACACCAAAAGCUACACAGCGGGAUAUAAAAUCUGCGUACUAUAAAUUGUCAAAAUUAUAUCAUCCUGACAAAUCAAAAGAUGAAGAAUCAGCCAAGAAAUUUAGAGCUAUCACAGAAGCUUAUGAAGUCCUAGGAAAUAUUAAUCUGAAGAAAAUGUAUGAUAAAGGUUUGAUGGUUGGAAGUGAAAAUACAUCUAGAAUGCACUAUAAACCUGAUCCAGAACCCACAGAUCCUACACUAAAGUUUUAUAAGUCUCGAGCGUCUAGGCAUAUCACUCCAACAAUAGAUGGAAAAACUCCCAUAUAUGACUUUGACGCAUGGUCCAGAGAACACUAUGGAAAUAUUUUAAAGAAAAAUCAACAUGCAAAAAAAAUCAUAAAAACCAAAAAGGAAAGUGCUGCUCUACAUGCACAGGCAAUAUAUGAAGAAUCAAUUGUUUAUUUUGUGUGUGGAGUUGCAUUCCUAUUUGUAUUUUUUGCCUUUUACGGAACUACAAAUUAUGAUGAAAACAACAUACAAAAAAAGAAAACAAAUAAAGUUGAUUGA